GUUUUAAAGAAAUUGCAGAUACAUGUUUUCUUGGGAAUCAUAAAUUAUGCCAGUAAGCAUCUGGCCUACAGACGGAUCUUGGGUGGGGCAUGAACUCUAAUGAUGCUCUUGAAAUGACAGAGGAGUUUGACAGCAAAGCAGCUGCGCUCACUCGAGCGCGCGGACUGAACCUGAUGCGCGUAAACAGCAACUCGACCGAGCGCAGCCGGUGUUACAUCUCUGUAACGCACUUUAUGUUCGUCUCUUUUUUACUGCAAUUGCCUGAACCAAGACUUAAGAAAGAAUAAUAUGUAUUCGCAGUCAUAUAAUGCGCACAGAAUUUGCAAUUUCCUCAAGAAGUGAACCAAUGCAUCUCCGUUUGAGGAACUUGAUUCGCCCUGGAAUCUUAAUGUCAUCGUGAAGCAGAGCGAUGCCGAAGGAACUUUCCAGAUAGAUCAAUGAUAUGAACUUACAGUAUGCCUUCGUUACACCAUGGCGCUAUUUUCAUUGGAGUAUUUUUGAUAGUCACCGGUGGCUCCACCGCGUUUCUAACUUCUAACCAAAGUCGCCUGCAGGCGUUCAGCAUGUGCUGCGUGGUGCUCGGGGCGGUCAUGCUCAUAUUAGGACUUUUCUGGGCGAUGAACGGCAAGAGAAACCCGGUGCCUUAUAAUGAAGAGUACAGUCACGACUACAGCCAGGUCCUGUUCACCCCACCGCCCGGAAACCACUUCCCCGAGUCACAGUCCGUCUUUCUGCACGGGACUUUGCAAAGACGAGGUGUAUACGGUGAAGAUUUGGACUAUCCACCAAUGGAGCCAACGUGUUUCAGUCCUACCAGUCGUGUCCGGCCGCCUCACUGGGACUUGGAGCCUCCUCCGCCAUAUGAAGUGGCCAUCAAAACCACCAGGAGCUCCACACAGCUGAGACGCAGCUUCUCAGACACGCACCUCCUCACUGAGCCUCUGUUUGGACGCUCAAGGGAGAUCAGUUUCGAAGUGUGAUAUCUAGACCAUGUGCAUCUCAAAAUAAGGAGCGGAACACAGCCUGAAAUAUUCAAUGAGAAGUGCAAAACAGGCAUUGACAAUCCACAGCUUGUCCAGGACAGGCAUUCUUGAGAUGAUUCUUGAGUCUUAAUUCUGUGUUUACAGCAUUAUGUAGACAGAAAUGUUGAAUUCUACACUUUUUUUCCCCAAGUAAAAUGAACUCUAAAUCUAAAACCUGUACAUGGAAGCUGAAGCUGAUGAAAGUAAGUGUUUAAUCUCUCAAUAAACAAUCUAAUGCAGGAGGUUUUUA